AGUUAAACAUGGCAAGCCACUCACUCGUGGUAUGUCAGCUAGUGUUGGUGUUGUUGAGCCUGGGAACGGCGUCCUCUAACAUCAAUGACGACGCAUACUCUAAUACAGGCUCAAUCGAAGGCAUGGAGUCAGACGUAAUGCUAGAUGAGAUCGCUGCUCUUGAUGAAAUAAGUGAUGAUAACCUAUCUGGAGAGGUAGAUGAUGAGAUAACCAAUUUUGAUGAAAACGAAGUUCAGGGGCUGGCCGAUAUCGCACAGUCUGUAAAACGCAAAAUAUUAAGACAGGCUAAGCGUCUCGUCGUCUCUUGCAAGAAACCAAAGGUUCAACUAAGGAAUCGAAAGCAGGAACGACAAACAGCCUUAAGAAAGUAUUACCAGGCAUUUGUGCACGGGGGAAAGAGCUUUAUCAGUGACGCAAACUGGCUGAAAAAUAGAAAGAGUGAAAAAUGCAGCGCUUGUCUCUUAAAUAAACUCUGCAAACGGACACGGAUUCAAGGAUUAUUGAACAUCGACGCCAAACUCCCUGCGUAAGUGAUUUUAAUCCAGGUAUAUGACUGGGUUUUCUAUGCGAAGAAAAAACUAGAAGCAAUCGUAUUAGAAGCUAUCGUAGAUAUUUAGUGAACAAUCACGGAUGUCAAAACCGUGGUUUGUGAGUGCAGAACUUUUGAUGGACUAGUCAUGAUGUUGGAGACCGGUAAACAGUGUACUCAUAAGUCUGGUCAGUCACCGUUACCCUCCUCCUCUUUCGAAGGAGAACCAAACAGAUCAUUGAAUUUUAGAAGCCAGGGAACUGUGUUAAGCAUAAACCUAACACAAUAUACAAAAAUUUUUGAAAUGCAGGCUAUCCGAUUCGUGUUAUUCUACUAUGCCACUUUUGCCAAAUAUAUUCAUUCUUCUUAAAAGAAUAACUAUUAAAAAAUUAUCUUAACCGUGAUCUAUCUUUUCUAUUUAUCAGGAAGGAAAGAAAUCGUAUUUGCAGAAGGAAACUCGUCCGCGAAGCGAUGGAUGUUUUCGCCGUGAACGAGAUCAAGAUACCAUGUAAUCCAAAUGCGCCAUUUCGAACAAUCAAUGGAACGUGCAACAAUUUACGUAAUCCUUCCUUCGGGGCAGCCAGCACACCAUUUAACAGACUUUUACCAGCUGAUUAUGGAGAUGGCAUCUCAACUCUUCGCCAAGCUGUAAAUGGGCAAGAACUUCCAAACGCCCGGGACGUGAGUCGAUUUGCCCAUGGAAGCAACGCAGACCGAACAAAUCCGAAUUCUACCAUACUGACUCAUCUGGCCAUGAACUUUGCACAGUUUACGGAUCACGAUUUUACUUUGGCAGAGGCACAGGGCGUUAACUGCGAGCCACCCACCAAAAAUCAGGAGUGCAUUAAUAUUGAGAUUCCCAAAGACGAUGCGAUAUUUCGGGACCGGGAAGUGGAUUUCAUCGAAUUGGAGAGGGAGGCUCCAAGCGAGUCAGACAGUUUUUGCAAACUGGUACCCCGAGAGCAUACAAACACUCUAACAGCCUACAUUGACGCUUCAAACGUUUAUGGAUCGACGCAGGAGGUUGCUGAUUCGCUUCGCGCUCCAAAUGGCUUACUUAAAGUUAUGGAGCAUCCAGAUGGCGCAAAGUUUAUGGAUUUACUACCUGCCCGUACAGAAACCCCGGAGACUUUUUGUCCAUCACUAGAUCCAAACAGACCGUGUUUUGUAGCAGGAGACAGUAGGAGUAAUGAGAACCAAGGUGAGAACUAUUGCUUUGAUGUUUAAUCAACCUAGUAGAAAAUGGACUAUUUAUAUCCUUCUUGCGAAAUAAAAAACGUGCAGUGACAAUUGUUUCGUAACUUUCAGGUCUCAGUUCAGUUCAUACCGUAUUUGUGCGCCACCACAACCGCAUCGCCACGUUUUUCCGUAAAAGGACAAAAUGGGGACCUGAAAGGAUUUAUCAGGAAACCAGGAGAAUCAUCGGAGCACAAUUGCAAGUGAUUACAUACAACGAAUUCCUGCCAUUAUUUUUGAGUAAGAAAACGGUAGGUUUCUACAUGCAAAAGUUCAGUUUACUUGUCGUUUACAAUAAAUUAUGCCUGUGCGAAUUUGGUUGUCAAAAACAGAUCCUAAAAGAAUUAACAAGUACAAAAUUACGCGUUUCCCACUCAUAUUGAACUGUGAAGCUUUUCAAAAUAGCACAAUUAAUAAAAAAGCAUUUUACGUACCCUCAGUAAUUAGGAGAAGGCCUUAUAAUGCUAACCUUAAGAGUUGUUGUUAUUCGAAUACUUAUAUCUAAGGUGUACAAUAAUUUCUGGUAUUUUAAGAAAAACACGCACUAGAAAAGACUUAUCUGGCCUGUUCUAAACUUGACUUUUUCCCCUCAGAUCACAAAAUUUGGUCUCAAGCUACUAAGGGGAACACAGUUUUUCAAUGAUUACGACGAAACUGUGAAUGCUCAAAUGACCGCUGGCUUUUCUGUAGCUGCCUUCCGAUUUGGCCACACCCUGAUUCAGGAGUGGUUUAGACGAUUCAAUCAAAGAAGUUUCCAACACAAAGACAAAUCCGAAUUCCGGCCUAUUCCCGUGCUGGACUUUGAAAAUCCACAGUACUUGUACGAGAUAUGUCAGGGAGGUGUAGAUGCCAUUUUGAGGGGAUUAAUCAAGGAUGCCGCGGGAAAGGCUGACGGGUUAGUAAAUAUGCAUUUUUCUUUCUUUUCUAAAUGUCUCCAAUUAGAUAAACAAGAUUCUUUUUUUUUUCGAGACCAAUCUUUAAGUAUUGACGUCAAUAGUUAGCAAUUGCUCCGCGUAAUAUAGAAAUAAACUGUUCUAAUAGUUACUGGGGUAGCGUUGAAGGGUUGACCUAAUUCAGUAAUACCUAACAACGUUUUUGGUGCAAAUGGACGGUAUCAUAAAUUAAUCAUCAGAUAAGUGCCUAUUUUUUGGUCACUGUUAAAAUUUAACUCAUUUUCUGGGAAAAUAAUACCCUUCUUUACUCCCAGGCUGGAAUAGUUUCCCGGAAAAAAAAUCCAGUAAGUAACUGGUCUUUAACCUGAUAACAUCAAGUGAACACUUUGCCUAAUGAUUCAGAAGUGAAAAAAAGGAAAAAAAUAAUCAUUCAGGGUUUGUGAUAUUUUAAGAAUGAGAGAUUAAGCAUCGCCUUUACGACAAACACCAAACGUGAGAUUCAAGUAGAGAAAUUUUUAAAAUGAGAAAUGAGCAGAUAAAAACAACUUAAACCAAUCCUUAUGAAUAGAAUCGAUGCGAAUGUACCAAUUUACGUGUAGCUGAAAUGAUAAACAGUAAACGACAAGUAAAAGGGAAGCUUGGUCACGUGGUACAAAUUUACGUUUGCCGUCUCUCUAAUAUGCUUCAUGUUGCUGAGCGACACUUCAAAGAGAAUCCUCGAUUGUAGCAUCCUCAAUUUGGACUAACAUUUUGAAUUCUUAAAUUCCUUAUAUCUUUUCAUUUUAAUUUUAUUGCGUAGUUACUGCAUUUAUCAUUGAAAAUCUUUGCUUCCGAUGUUUUGAUUACCCUAAAUACAAUUACAGGUAUGUCAGGUACCUAUGAAUUGCCUAAGCUCAUGGGCAGAAUCGGGGAAGAACUGUUCUGCUGCAAGCAAUGCAUUUCUCAUGCCCAAUUUGGCCCCACUUUUGGUGGCUAACUGUAACUGUAACCAACUGUUUCGAGAUUUCACUGUUAUUUUCCCUUGGCCCGACAAGAACUAGGAGUAACCAUGACUUUAAAAUCAGGCCUAGAGCAGCAAGGACAAACUAUUUUAAAUUUUCAUUUUUUAAUCGGUGCGUUAAUGAUUGAAACUCUUUAACAAAUUCCGUAAUGUCUGCUUCCAGCUUGAACUCUUUUUAAAAUUUUAUUACUUAAUUAUCUUUGUGAAUAGCCAUAUUUUAUUAUUUCUUACCGAUUUUGGAUUUUCGGUUUUUUUAAAAUUUUUAUUAUUUAAUAUCCAAGUAGUUUAAUUAGUCUUUUUUAUAUAAUGUAUAGUUACACAUUAGAUUUUCUACUUUUUAUUGUUUUAUCUUUUUAUUUUUGGAGAACAGUUUUUGUGUGGGGAUUCAGUUUCCCCCUAUUGCUUUCCUUUAUCAAUUGUAUAUUUAUAAACUAUCUAAGAUAGUACGCGUGCUUUGAUUGGCCGAGAGGAGUGUUUGCAUGAGAGUAUGUAAACAUGGUUGUGGCUUCAAGAUGUUUUGCUUUUCGCGCGCUAGUCACGCAAGCACGAAUUUGAAAAAGUUUUCGAGUUCAAAACUCCACAAGUUUACUUUAUUUACCCAUUCCUUCGUCGGCUGAAACUUGGAAAAUCGUUGCAAAGAAGGUGUAUCGAUUUUUUUUCGCUUAAGCUGACAUUUUAAGCGAGAAAAGUCCGUAUUUUGGAAAGCAUCUUUUUGCAAAACAAGAACUGAUUACGCGAGCAAGACUUAGUGGACAAGACUUUGUUACUGGUAAGAAUUUCUCUUUUAAUCAGUGCCAUACAAAGAGUUUUGCAUUUUUCUCGAGAAAGUUGUUUAUAAAAGCAAUAGGUGAUAUAAACACUCGAGGCGUUGGGAGAAUUUUCGACAGUUAUGCAAACUCUCGACUUCGUCUCGGGUUUGCAUAACUGUCUCGAAUUCUCCCAACCCCUCUCGUGUUUAUAUCAGGCUGUGCAUUGGUAAAAAGUAUAAUUAAGCAUUAACCAUUAAAAAAAAUUAGCGCUCGAAACUUAAACGGUUGUAUCUCUGAAGUCAGUACAUGUCUUUUAUCAUGGCCAGAAAAUAGGAUAAGUCAAUUAGGUUCAACAUCUCCAACUUAAACCAUUAAACCUUCAAAAGUCAGGGUCAGUAGUUCCUUGAAACGAAGAUGAGGUAAAAACAAAAGAAAAUUGUCAAUUGUCGUUUUUAAAAGUUACCAAUUUUGUUCUUUAAUAUAGGAGAUUUUCAAGCUCUGUACAAGAAAAUCUUAGGCGAGGUGAGGGUGAUUUGUCUGACUUAAUCAGUAUCAACAUCCAAAGAGGACGUGAACGCGGCGUUUCUGGAUACACUAAGUAUCGCAACCUUCCGUUAUGCGGACUGCCAAAGGUGAAAUCGUUCAAUGACCUGGUACGAAAGGCAGGCUUUGACCGAAAGGAUGUGGCUAAUUUGAGGAAAAUUUACAAAAACGUUCAUGAUAUUGACUUUUUCGUAGCAGGUAAGUCAAAAAAUUUUAAAUUCAAAACUUUCAAACAGCUAAGAUUCUUUAAUUAUAAGGAUGUAAAACGGGGCCAAAGUUGUCCUUUAAUAAAAUUAAUUAAAAGUCGAGUACUAUUAUCUCUUCAAGAAAAAGUCCGCUUGACAUGUUGUGGAAUAAGCAAUCUUCUGAAAAAAAAAAUCCAAUCGCUUACACAAGAUAUCACAUUCAUUUUCAUUCAUUUUCAUUUCAGCCAACUCGCAAAAAUUGCGCACCAUCGGCGGUUUUAGUGCGAUUUUCCAUUUUCCUGGUCGUGCAUCAAGAGCCCUGAUUGUGCUUAAAUUUCGCGUAACCAUGCAAAUAAGUCUUGGAUGGAUAUCGAGAUAUUCUGCCCGAUAAAUUCGCUAACCUACAAGCUAAGCCUUAUAAUCACAGUUACAUUAACUCACGGGAUUGGGGUUGUGGAGAUUUUUUCAGUUCGCUGUAAAAGUUUCGCCAUUUUUUGCGGCGCAUCAGUCAAAUUAAAAAUAUCGGGGAUCUCCAUCCGCGUAGAUUCAUCCUAACCUCAUUUCUAUGAAACAUUUGGAAGAAAAGCAAAUGCCACUUCAAACCUAAAAAAAAGACUCUGAAGGACAAGUUUAAAACCAUUAUCCUUCUCUGCCUUUUUUACGUACUUUUAUGAUGCAGCCUACAUUAUUUUUAAUUCCUUCCCCUUCUCAGGAAUGCUUGAACCACGACCUAGUGAUGGAGGAGUUCUGGGACCAACUUUUCAGUGUAUUGUAGCGGAGCAGUUCCGCCGCCUGAGAGUUGGAGAUCGUUUCUGGCACGAAAAUGCCCCAAACGCAACCUUGAACACAGACCGAACGGCGUUCAAUGCUGCCAUGUUACAGGAAAUUAGGAAAACAACAUUUGCUAAAAUCGUCUGUGACAAUGCCGACAACAUCCCAUUUAUAAGCAAGAAGGUUCUAGAGCAGAGUAAGAAAAGGGUGAAAUGCAGUGCUCUACCAACCGUCAGUCUUAAGCCGUGGGUAUCACACUGAUGCAAAGUGACACUGGGUAAGCCGCUUUUUCAGACAUUUAAUAGGUUAACGUAAACAUCAUCCCUCGAUCACCGGAUUGGACGGGACAUUUCUGGAGAUUUCACCUAUAAAAACCUCAUACGGUUCCCCAUCGCUGUAUUUAGGUCCCUGUUAUUAAGUCCUAAAUCCCUGGUAACCACUUCGGGGUUUGUUAGCGUACGUAAAUGUGUGCACUGUGCCCACCGGGUGUCAAAGGAAGAGAUAUGAGAUUAUUUCUUUGUAUGCCUGAGAGCAAUGACAAGCAAACUGGAGACGCUUUUGCUUGAGUCUCAGAGACAGAGGUGUUAGUCCCCCAUAGAUCCCAGGAGUACUCCUGGGAAUUCUUGGUGGAGUGUGCCCCCUCGUUCCCAAAAUCCUGACCCUAUUUCAGACCAAACAAUGUUAUUUUCCAACCCGUUUUCAGACCUGGCCUUUAAGUAAACUUUUUGUCGUCAUUACUUAGAUUAGACCGCAAACCAAAAAUUCUUCAAAUGUAAUUCGAAGUCGCAUUUUUCUAUUUCGUUCUUAUUCAUUUGGAAUUGAAACGAUAAAUACGUUCAUACUCUUCCUUUUCCCUUGAAAACCAUACCUGACUCCGGACCAAAAUGGACAAAGUGUAUAACCGUUUUCGGACCAAAAGGGCCCAAAACCCUACCCGAUGGGACAGCACGUACGUACCUAUAUGGCUUAUAUAAGGAAGAACCUCCCCCGUCCAAAGAUCCUCUCAAGCCCAAGAAAUCCUCUCCUCUCUCUUAAUGUAAUGGUUCCCCUUAGAAUAAAAGUAUCCUGUAUAUAUUGGUAAAACACUGCAGGAAUCUCUUAACAGCUAAACGGCUAACAGAUUUUGGAUCGGCUCGCCUGUUGGUCAUGAGUGAUUUGUUACCUAGGAAUGACGGCUGUAGAAAGGCGUUGAAUUAGACCCCCACUUUCACCUGAUGAACAGAACCAAAUGCAUAAAUUUUAAAAUGUAGAAUAGAAAUUUGCGAUAAUUUCCUUUUGAGUUUAGUCUAGCAUGGAUGGAAAAAGAACGGUGUCUGAUUCGCCCGCCCUAAAUUAAUUCCAGUCGGCCUAAAAUCGCCCUGUCGGCUUGGGUUUAGGUACUGUGACAUUUUUGUACUCAGAUUAUAUAUGUCUUUGACCUAAAAAAGGGUUGUACGCCGGAACUUUCUUUGCAAAACAAACAAUGAAAUUAAAAAUGUAGUUCAUAAAGCUGCUUAAUAUUUAAUUAUAUGCAAAUAUGAUACAUUUAGAAACUUCACCAACUUGGUAGUGCCAAUGUGAAAAAUAGUACAGUGCGUGAUGAAGCGUUUUCUUAAAAAAGCCUCAUGAUGUGAGAAAUAAGCAUUGUAUCGACCUUCCACUGAGGGGUAUUUUUCAGAGUUAUCUAAGUCGCUGUGUUGUUCUGUUCUCUCAUACAGUAGCAGUGUUGAAUAAAUUUGAUAUCCUACUUUCUUUUUUCUGCAGAGUACCUAACAAUGUUAACGAUGAUCGAGGCAAUACAUAAUUAUGAAGAGGUAGCGGAGUCUUAAAAUUCAACCAAAUCAGAAAAAAAUACAUCCGUGAUAAUUAUCUUGGUAGACUAGAUAAACGACUAUUAUAGAGGGCGGUUAUAAAAGCCAAGGACUAAUACAAAAAAUGCCAUGCAUCAUGUAUUGUAUUAAGGG